GCGGAUGCGGCCAACCUCGCCACCGCCGCAACCACAUGCGCUCGCCUUCCACUGUUUUGUCCGCGCACCUGCGAACAAGGCCCCGCUUUCCCUCGCUUGUCCCCGCUCGCGCUACCGGCCUGCGGGAUAAGACAGCCGUGUCGCUCGCCUCGUCGCCCUCUGGCGCUUCCGAGUUCUUCGUUCCGGCCUGGGCUUCCUCCUAGCUCGCCGUAGCAAACCAACAAGCCAUGGGUUCCUCUGGGGGCAUCCGCGGCCUCCGCCGUCGCGUCAGCCGCCUGCUGCUCCUGCUCCUGCUCGCCGCGUCAACCGGCGGGCCGACGGCGCGCGCCAGGGAGGCGCAGCCGCUGCCCGAGGCCGCGGCGGCCGGCACCAGGCGGGCGCCGGAGCGGCAUGGGCUGUCGCUCGACUUCUACGCCAAGACGUGCCCCGCGGUCGACCAGAUCGUCGCCAACGUCACCGCCGCCCGCUACAGGGACUUCCCCGCCGCCGGGCCCGCCGUGCUCCGCCUCUUCCACCACGACUGCUUCGUCGAGGGCUGCGACGCGUCCAUCCUGAUCGCCCCGACGGCCAGCGCGUCGCCCAAGGUGGAGCGCGACAUGGAGGAGAACAAGAACCUGGCGCAGGAGGCGUUCGACGCGGUGGAACUGGCCAAGGCCGCCGUGGAGAGCAGGUGCCCCGGCGUCGUCUCCUGCGCCGACGUCCUCGCCCUCGCCACCCGGGACUACGUCCAGCAGGCUGGUGGGCCGUACUACGCGGUGAAGAAGGGCCGGAAGGACAGCAGGGUGUCCCUGGCGGGGAAGGUCCGCGGCAGCCUGCCCCGCGCCAACUCCACGGUGGACGAGCUCCUCCGCGUGUUCGCCGGCAAGGGCCUGGGCGCGGCGGACCUGGUGGCGCUCUCCGGCGCGCACACCGUGGGGUUCACGCACUGCGUCCACGUGCUGGGCCGCAUCUACGACUUCCGGGGCACGCGGCGGCCGGACCCGCUCAUGGACGCCCGCCUCGUGAAGGCGCUGCGCAUGUCGUGCCCGUCCUCGGGCGGCAGCGCCCGCGUGGUGGUGCCCUUCGACGUGAGCACCCCGUUCCAGUUCGACCACGCCUACUACGCCAACCUGCAGGCGAGGCUGGGCCUGCUGGGGUCGGACCAGGCGCUGUUCCUGGACCCGCGGACCAGGCCGCUGGUGCAGGAGCUUGCCGGCAACAAGACCCGCUUCUUCCAGGCGUUCGUCGCCAGCAUGGACAGGAUGGGGGCCAUCCGGAUCAAGAAGGGGAGGAAGGGGGAGGUCAGGAAGGUCUGCAGCCAGCACCUGCUUCCUCCGGUCUGAUCGAUCGCCAUCAACCGUCGUCUCCCCGGCUUAAUUCGCCUUGCAUCCGAUCUGUACGUCGGCGAGUUGAUCAAAUCAGCAUGUGGCAGCUUAUACAGGAAAAGAUAGCUGGUUCAAGGUCACGUUUUCGAGCUCAUUGCAUUGCGUGAUGCUUAGUGCUUAGUUACAUCGGCUAUUUUUGUGCUGUAUAUGGCAGUUUAUUAGAGAGUAGCUUUCAGGUUUUUUUUCUUUUUUUGUGUCGCGUGUUUGUGCAGGAGAUAUCGAUGCAGGUAUCUAGGGUAUGGCUCUUUGUUCUGUCGUGUGCCUUUUUUUCUUUCUUUCUCUUCUUGGAGUGUUCUCUUGGGCGUGCCGGUUAUUUGUACGAGCACGCCCGCUGUGCGAGUGUGAGUGUGUGGUAUUCCAUUUGUUUGAUUCGACUGCAGAGCAGACUUGUGUGCAAUGAUCUCUCUUGGUCGGCUUCAGCAAA